CAGGCAGAAGGCUGGGAUUUGGCCGAAAGUGAGCAGAAGCACCUUCUGAUACGAAGAACAUUCCGGACGAAGAACUUCGUCAAGGCGUUGGAGUUGUGCAACCGCUUUGGAGAGGUGGCUGAAGCAGAGGGGCACCACCCAGACCUGCACAUCACGGGGUGGAACCGUCUCACAGUGGAGUUGACCACGCACUCAAGGGACGGCCUGACAGAAAAUGACUUCAUCAUGGCAGCAAAACUCAAUGCAGUCCCCAAAGAUGACCUGCUGUCCAAAAAGAAGGCCUGA